AUGGCCGUCUCUAUUCCCCACUCUCUUAAGGAGAAGCUGCUUCGCAAUGAAGUGGCAUCCACGCUCAGCGUCAAGCUGGUCAAGUCAGUUGAGCUUCCCAUGAUGGCCAAGACAGCUGGCUUUGACGGAAUUCUCGUCGAUAUGGAGCAUUCGUCAUUCGAUCUCGAGACAACCUCCCAACUCUGCAUAGCCGCUCUUUAUGCUGGAAUUUCGCCCAUCGUCCGCGCACCCAGCAAGGAUCCUUUCUUCGUGUCGAGAAUCCUGGAUGGUGGCGCGCUUGGCGUCAUUGUACCGCAUAUUCGCAGCGUGCAGGACGCACGCGAUGUGGUAGCUGCCGCCAAGUUCCAGCCCAUCGGCACCCGCUCAUCUACCAACGGGCUGCCUCACUACCAGUUCCGGAGCAUUCCAGCCAAGGUCUCCAACCCUGUAACAAACGAUGCUACCCUCGUUAUACCAAUGAUUGAAACGCUCGAGGCACUGGAGCUGGUAGAUGAGAUUGCGGCAGUGGAAGGCGUUGACUCUCUUCUCAUUGGAACCAACGACCUGACGGCUGAGAUGGGCAUUCCAGGGGAGUACGACAACCCCAGGCUGACCGAAGCCUACGAGCGAACCAUUGCGGCCUGCAACAAGCACGGCAAGUGGGUUGGAGUUGGAGGCCUUCAUUCGCGCAUGGAUUUGGUGGAGAAGUUCUGCAAGAUGGGCGCGCGCUGGGUUAUGGCAGCCACUGAUGGUCCUUUACUCAUUGCGGGUGCGACGAAGAGAGCAUCUGAGAUGGCCAGCUUGAGCGCGAGAGCGACAGGUGCCAAGACAAAUGGUACUUCGUAG